CCCCGACGACCUCGACACUGACUCGGACAGCGACGGUCUGCCUGACGCUGUGGAGGGCACGGGCGACUCCGACCGGGACGGCAUCCCGGACCGGCUCGAGAGCAACAGCGUGGAUACGGACAGCGACGGCACGCCCGACGCCCAGGACGAGGACUCGGACAAUGACGGCCUGCCCGACAUCCUCGACCCCGACUGGGCCACCAUCGCCGCGGCCGGCGGGGUCGACUCGGACGGUGACGGGCUCUCUGACGUCCAGGAGGGCUGGAGCGACUCCGACCGGGACGGUGUCCCGGACCGGCUCGAGUCGAACACCGGCGACAGCGACGGCGACGGCACGCCCGAGUUUCUCGACCCCGACUUGCACGACGACGGCGCGGACGACUUCAUCUUCGACGGCGGGGAGGACCAGGUGAGCGAGAGCGCCUCCCAGAGCUACGACGCGUCGGCUAAUAUGCAGCAGUGCUUGCGCGAGGCCGAGGCCGCGGGCGAGGGCGGCAGCGCCGGCUUCUCGAUGGUGGCGCGCGACUCGUUCCUCGCCUCGAUCGCCGACGCGAUCGGGCUGAACGGGUCCUCCCUGCCCGACCGGCGCGAGACGUUUGCGCAGCUCGACCAGUCGCGGUUCCUCACCGCGACGCAGCAGCUCUCGUGCAGCCAGCUCGCGCUCUCCGACGCGUGCGCCUUCGACGAGUCUGCGGCGGGCGCCCUCUCGCGGGCCGCCGCCUUUGUGUACGAGCAGAAGGCGGUGCCCACCCUGCUGCCGCACGGCCGCCACCUGCUGCGCGAGCUGCGGACGGGCCACCUCGACGAGCGGCUCCAACUGCCGCAGACCCGCGCAUUCUUCCAGGCGGCCGUCCGGGCCGACGUCUUGAAGGCAGGCAUCGCGCCGCCCACGCCGACGCUGGGCAUGCUCCGCUCUGCAUCGCCGGGGCCGUUGCCUGCCCGAGACCCAACGGCGGCCGCCACCGGCGCAGCGUGCAGCGCGCCGACGCUGCGCGUGCUCGACGAGCGUGAGCCGUCCACCCUCACAGACGGCUCGCCCGCCGCCGGCGGCGUCUCUUACCCGGCCGACUUGCGGUGCGAGUGGCUCGUGCUCGGCCCUGCGGAGGCGGCGCGGCGAGCAGCGGCGCUGCGCAGCGAGCCCGAGGACGGCUUGGAGGCGCUCGCGGUGGCGGUGGCGGCGGCGGCGGUGGAGACGACCCGACACAAGGUCGACUACGACCACGGCGGUGUCGAGGACGUCAGCUUGGUGCGCUUGUCGGCGGCGGCAAAGGUUGGCGUGGCGGCCGAGGCGGCCGGUGGGGCGGCCGCCGUGGCUGUUUCCGCGGGCGCGCCGCCGCAGCUGGUCGAGCUCACUUUCCCGCGCUUCUUUGUGUGGCAAGGAGACCGCGUGGUUGUGCGCGACGCGGCCAGCGGCGACCUGAUCGCCACCCUCAGCGGCGAGGCCAAGGCCAAGGACGAGUGCGGCGUGGCGGGCUGUGCCGGCUACCUGACCUGGCCCCCGCUCGUCGCCCCUGCCGGCUUCAGCUUCGUCUUCGAGUCGGACCACUUCGACGAGGCAGUGUACGUGCCUCCGGGCGCGGAGCCGUCGCGCUUCUCCGCCGCCGGCUUCCUCGCGUCGCUGCGGCUCGCGCCGGGCUGCUCCACCGACAAGUCGUGCGGCCCGGGAGGCGUUUGCCGACCCGAGAGCGGGCUCUGCGAGUGCGGCGUCGGCCGGAGUGGCGCCGAUUGCUCGUACGCGUCUUGCCUCGGCGUGCGCACGCUGCACGGCGCGUCGGGCGUGCUCGCCUCGUCGGCGCGCGCGCUCGAGCCGCGCGAGCGGUACGUCAACGACGCUGUGUGCGGCUGGCGGCUGGCGGCGGGCGAGGAGACGGGGAGGGGGCGCGGCUUCUUGCGCCUCUCGAUCGAGUACGACGUCGAGCCCUCUUUCGAUUUUGUCGAGGUCUACGACGGCAGCGGCACGCAGCAUGCGCAGCUCUCCGGCGCCGGCGGGCCCGUCCUCCUCACCAUCCCUGUCGAUGGCGGCGCACCGCUGAUCCGCUUCACCUCCGACGGCGCCGGCCGCCGCUCGGGCUUCCGAGCCUCGUACAAAUUCACCGCGGCGGCGUGCGACACACACGCCGACUGCUCGGGCCGCGGCGCGUGCGUGCGCGGCCUCUGCGCCUGCG